AUGACUGGAACUACUGAACAUAACGCCCCCUCCAUCGGCAGCACGAACACAAACGUUGCGCCGUCUGAUCAUUCAACUCCCGCAAUGAGCGACCAAAUGAACGAUGACCUUGAAAAGGGCCAGCAGAAAAUAACCGAGCCUACGGAGAUACAUGAUGCCAAAUUGGAACCCACUGAGAAAUCCGACGCUGGGCCUUCUGGACCCCCGGGGCCAGGCCCGCCUCCCGACGGAGGAAUCAAAGCAUGGACAGUUGUUCUAGGAGGUUUCUGUGGUCUCUUUGUUAGUUUCGGAUGGAUUAACUGCAUCGGUGUCUUCCAAACAUACUACGAAACCCACCAAUUAAGCAACAUGUCAACCAGCACGGUGACCUGGAUCACAUCACUGGAGACAUUCGUCAUGUUCUUCGCCGCCCCAAUCUUCGGCACCCUCUUCGACAGCUACGGCCCACGCUGGAUCCUACUCGGCGGCACAAUCUUCCACGUCCUCGGACUCAUGAUGGCGUCCCUCUCAACAGAGUACUACCAAUUCAUCCUAGCACAAGGAAUCUGCAGCUCACUCGGAGCAAGCGCCAUCUUCAACGCAUGCGUGAACUCAGUCAGCACAUGGUUUGCGAAGCGCCGCGCCUUCGCAUUGGGACUCAUGGCCUCGGGAUCGAGUCUGGGAGGCGUCAUCUUCCCUAUCAUGGUGACGCAUCUUAUUCCCCAGGUUGGAUUUCCGUGGGCGAUGCGGAUCUGCGCAUUCCUGAUUCUGGGCAUGCUGGGUAUUGCGAACUUGACAUUGGCGUCGAGAUUGCCGCCGAGCAAGAGGCCGUUUUCCUUUUCGAACUUCUUUAGGCCGCUGAAGGAGAUUAAGUUUGUGUUGACUGUUGCCGGGUGCUUUUGCUUUUUCUGGGGCAUGUUCUUGCCUUUCACUUUCGUGAUUACCCAGGCUGAGCGCUAUGGCAUGUCGCAAAACAUGUCGCAGUAUCUUAUUCCGAUUUUGAACGCUGCUAGUAUCUUCGGCCGUACCCUUCCAGGCUAUCUGGCAGACCGUGUCGGUCGGUACAAUGUGAUGAUCAUCUUCAGCUACCUGUCAGGCAUUCUCGUGCUUGCCCUAUGGCUUCCGUCUCGCAGCAAUGCCCCAGCAAUCGUGUUCAGCGCACUAUACGGCUUCGGCUCCGGUGCCUUCGUCUCUCUGGCACCGGCGCUGAUUGCCCAGAUCUCCGACCUGCGCGAGGUUGGAGUCCGCAACGGUACUUGCUUUUCGAUCAUCUCAUUCGCCGCUUUGACUGGUACUCCGAUUGGUGGUGCAUUAGUCUCUGACGUGCUGCACGGGUCAUACACGAGGCUGCAGGUCUUCAGCGGUGUGGUUAUGGUUUCUGGAGCGACGCUGUUUGUCGUAGCAAGAGUGGUUGUUGGAGGAGCCAAGCUGAACAAAGUAUAA